AUGGACCCUUUUAAAGGGCCUUGUCCCCAUCAUAGCAUUCCUGUUGAAAUGGGUGAGACUCUGGACUUGGAACGGCUCCCCCCAUGUGAACACUGUAAUGCACACACAGAGACCGUCAAAAGGCUAGAGGCCCGUGAAUUUGAGCCUCCACAGCGGGCAGCACAACAAGUGGGCUUGAGUAAAUUCCCUGAGAACCAGUAUAAGCACCAGUUUCGCAUUAACUCCCCAGCAGCACCACUCUCAGGACAUGUGAAUGCCCCAUACACAGAAGAUUUUUGGCAUGUUAGCCUAAGACAGAAAGUGCAGUAUAAGCAAGACCCCAUAGGUCCUUCAAGCCAGCACUGGAGCCACUCUGUGGACGAUGCAGACUACUUGGAGCCCCCCCAACCGCUCAAAUCGGACUUCAACAGCAUCAACUAUGUUAAAAUGCCAAUUCCACAUAUGCCACGCCACAUGCCAAUGCAGGGAAGCUGUCUGAAACAGUGCGCGUGCUGCCCUCCAGCAAACCCACGCGGACGCGAUAAUUAUUGUCAUCAAGACCCGGGUUACCCAGCAGGUCGACACCAGGAGCCUCAACCCCACCAGAAAAUGAAUCUCUCUCAAAAUGGGCACCAACUUAAAGGUGCUCUAAAUGGUCACUGUGGUUCUGCGGCUCCCUAUGCAACGCCUCCUCUAGACGUGAUGCAUGAGGUCAGCGUGGGUUGCUCCGACCUUGCAGGCGCAGGAUCAGGCACGAAGGAGAUCAGGAGGACCAUCAGUCUUCCCGAGGAGUGCAGAAAUGUUUUUAUCACAUAUUCAGUGGACAUAGCCAAGGAAAUGUUCAUUUUUGUUAAAUUUCUCGUGGGCCAAGGCUUCAGACCCUCACUCGACAUGUUUGACAGUUCAAUCCGAAACAUGGGUAUCAACCAAUGGAUGGACCGUUUUCUGAAUGAUAAAUCAGUGCUGAUCAUUGUGGCCAUCAGCCCCAAGUACAAAGCGGAUGUGGAAGGAGAUGGAGUCGAUGAGCAUGGCCUGCACACCAAGUACAUCCACAACCAGAUUCAAAAUGAGUACAUCCAGCAAGGCUGCCUGAACUUCAGACUGGUUCCUGUGAUGUUUCCCAAUGCAGCCAAGAUUCAUGUACCCAGCUGGCUUCAGAGUACCAGAAUCUACCGUUGGCCCCAGGACACCCAGGAUUUGCUUCUGCGUCUCUUAAGGGAGGAGCGCUACAUCAUCCCACACCGGAGUGCUGACCUCACCCUCACGUUCCGUCCUGUCUGA